AUGACAACGAAGGAAGCCCAAGCACUGGCAGAGCAGGGGCAACGCCUGCGACAGGAUGGAAAACUGGCCGAAGCUGAGCACGUGCUGAAAAGGUCUCUGGGGAUCUUGGAGGCAAGGCGAGGUCGGGAAGGAUGUACGGGGAUGACCAUGGCAUUAUCCGAACUGAGUUCUUGUCUGGGAGGGCGGGAGGAGGAGAUGGAGCGUAUCGCCAAGCGCUGCCUUACAAUCCAGGAGGCCGACCUGGGUCCGGAGAGCGUGCAAGUAGCCGAAACGCUCCUCGUGAUAGGCGGAUGCCUUUCGCACCCACACCAGGCGGAGGAAGGAGAACGCGUGGCCAGGCGCUGUGUGGAGAUCCAGGAGGUCCAUUAUGGAAGAACGUCUGCGAUGUUGGUCCCCGCCUUAAACCUGCUGGGUUCAGCCCUUUCGCGACGAUGUGGAAAGCUGGAAGAGGCCGAGGGUAUCCUGAGGCGCAGUCUAACAAUGGUCGAUGAGACCAACCGGGCUGUUGACCCCAGCAAACUGAACGAGAUGCAGUAUCGAUUCCUCCAAGGCAAGGUAGGCACCACGGUGUACACCCUGGGUGCCUGCCAGCUGCGAGCAGGGAAACUCGAGGAGGCCGAGGGUACUCUGAGGCGCGGUUUGGCAACCCAUGAGACCGUGCUUGGCCAAGAAAAGGUCGUGGCAGUUAGCAUGGGGGACGAAGCAGAGUCCAUGAUGAGGCGCUCUCUUGCGAAUCAAGAGGUCCAUGUGGGUCGAGAUCACAAAGACGUAGCCUACGCUCUGCAUCUGUUAGGGGUGUUCCUUCGGCAGAGAGGUAAACUGGAGGAAGCUGAUGGCUUGUUGAGGCGCUGCAUGGCCAUCUACGAGACUAAGACGGGAACUGAGCAUCUUGGCAUGAUGACCAGCACACGGCUCGAGCUAGACCUAUGUCUACGGCUCGAAGGAGAAUUGAAGGGUUGGGGCAGGAACGAGGUGCCUGUUGGGAGCAGCAGCAGUACCUUGCGAAUGCUUGACAACAGCGACUGGCAGUACGAGAACCUCUGUGAUAUGUUCCACACCCGGUGGCUCAAGCCUCAGCCGGCACGUGGCGUUUCGGUCGUGCGCAUCUUCAGCAUCCAGUACAAGCGAAAUGUUGUGGUCAAUCUGCGCCAGCGCUUUCACGGCACCUCCUGCAACGCAGGGUGCAACUUCAUGAUCGACCCACAGGGAGCAACAGCCCCGUGCGGGCUGAGCAGCUGUAGCGUCUGCAACAUCUGCAUGCUGGGCUUCAACCUCGGAAAGAACGUCGCCCGUACUGCCCGGGCAACCCGUUUCCCGCUUCGGUACGGGCCGGGCGUCUACUUAAGCAGCGUGUCCGGCAAGGCAAACGACUACGCCGGGCGCUCGGCCAAGACUGGCAGCGACGGGACAGAGCUGAGGUGCAUGUUCGUCGCCAAUGUCGCCGUGGGAAAAGCGUUCAACACCAAGAGUUCUAACCUCCCCCAAAGCGCGUGCCCUCCUUUGGGUUACCAAUCUGUGGUGGGAGAGGUGGGCCAAGCGCUUAACUUCGACGAGGUCGUGGUGUACAAGGAAGCGGCCGUUCUGCCCACGCACCUCAUCGUGUAUGCUCUGCGCCACUAA